GAUAAUAUUUAUAUAAUGGAUAGAGACAGGAGCAGAGAUAGAGAUAGACGAUCCGACAGAGGUGGUGGAGGUGGAAGUGGAGGUGGUAGAGAUGACUACAGAGGAGAUAGAGAUAGAGAUAGAGGUGAUAGAUACAGAGACGGUGGUGAUAAAGAUAGAGACAUAGAUAGAGGUAGAGAUAGAAGAUAUGAUGAUAGAGAUAGAGACAGGAAUAGGAGAUAUGACGAUAGAGAUAGAGAUAGAGAUAGAGACAGAGAUAGAGAUAGAGAUUACAAAGAUAGAGAAUAUAGAGAUAUCAAUAGAAGAUAUGAUGAAAGAGAUAGACGAGAUGGUGACAGGAGAGAUAGUGAUGUCAGACCACCUGUUGUGAUCAAUGGUAGUGGUGGAAAAGAUAGAGAUAGAGAUAGUAGGGAUAGAAAAGACAACAACAACAAGGACAUUCAAUCAACAACUACAACAUCAUCAUCAUCGUCUCGACCAUCAAACAACAUCUACUUUGAAAGAGAUCAAAGAGGAAGAAGUAGAAGUAGAAGUAAAAGUCCAACAGGUGGUCCUGCUGCAAGAGGUGGUGAUGCGUCACGUCAUUACAACAAGUCGGGUGGAGGCGGAGGAAGUGGAGGUGGAGGCGGUGGAUACAGAGACAAGCCAUCUGAAUCAUUCCUCCAACAUAGAAGACAAAAGAGAGACGAAGCAUCAUGUAGUCCUGUGUUUGCCAGAUCACCAUCGCCACCAAAGAUCAGGAAGUCAUCGCCAAGUCCAUCGUCCAAGGACAGAGGUGGAAGUUCCAAGAGCAAGAGAGACAAUGACGAUGACAAGAAACGACGAUCAAGAGACAGGUCAGACUCUCCAUCAGAGUCCAGCAGCAAGAAGAGGAAGUCAAAGUCAAAGAAGAAGAGCAGCAAGAAGAGGAGAAGUUCAUCAAUCUCAAGCGACGACGAUUCAUCAUCAGACGACUACAGUGACAGCAGCAGCAGUAGUAGCGAGGACGAGAGAAGGAAGAAAAAGAAGAAGAAGCACUCCAAGAAGAAGAGUAAGAAGAGACACGCCUCGAGCGAUGAGGAGGACGACGCCACGAUGUGGGAGGAGAAGGCAGAGGAGCAGCCACUGAUGGACACUGAGGUGGGCCCACGACCACUGCCCCAGGCUCAAGUCGGAAGCUAUGGAGGCGCAAUGAUGCCCGGUGAGGCAGAUGCCAUCGCCUCGUUCGUCCAACAAAACAAGCGUAUCCCUCGAAGAGGUGAGGUCGGUCUGUCCAGUGACCAAAUCGCCACCUUUGAGGAAGCUGGCUACGUGAUGAGUGGCUCGCGACACAAGAGAAUGAAUGCCAUCCGUAUGCGAAAGGAAGGUCAAGUGUACAGUGCCGAGGAGAAGCGUCAGUUUGUCAUGAUGAACCGUGAGGAGAAGGCCAAGAAGGAGAACAGGCUACUGUCUGACUUUAGACAGCUCGUCAGUUCCAAGAUACAAGAGAGUGAGGAC